AUGGCAGAAAGCAAGCAUCACCAACGUACAAGGCCUCUUUCCAAAGAGGAAGAACAACAGUCUGUUAAAGAUGAUACCUCGGAAGAUGCUGUUGUGAUGAAAAGACAAAUCGGUCUAUUCAGCAGUAUAACUAUAGUCGUUGGUUCCAUCAUCGGAUCAGGAAUAUUUAUUUCUCCGAAAGGUGUUCUAGAGUACAGUGGUUCUGUUGGUGGUGCAUUGAUUGUAUGGAGUCUAUGCGGUGUCAUAGCUACACUAGGUGGUAUGUGUUACGCUGAACUGGGAUCAUCUAUCAAGAAAGGCGGAGGCGAGUAUACAUACCUUAACGAGGCAUUUGGUGAAUUUCUCGCAUUUUUUAUGCUGUGGGUGAAUUUUGUGAUUGUAUCACCUGGUAAUACUGCUAUCAUCGCACAAACUUUCGCCACGUAUGCUAUAGUACCAUUCUAUGGGGACUGUGAUCCUCCACCAUGGGCGAUAACACUGCUGGCCGAGGCAUGUAUUGUUCUUGUGUUUACCUACAACAGCUACAGUGUGCAUGCAGGAACUGCCAUCCAGAGUAUCUUUACCGUAGCAAAAGUGGGUGGUUUGAUGAUAAUUAUCUUCGGUGGCAUUGUUUUUUUAUUUAUGGGAUCCCGUUUUCAGACGUGGGGAGACUUGGCAUUGGGACCGUUAGCAUGGUUGAUGCCCGUAACUGUUGCCAUGUCAACAUUUGGUAGUGUCAAUUCCGGAGCUCUGUCAAAUUCAAGAUACGUGUUUGUUGGUGCUAGAGACAGGCUGCUGCCAACAUUAUUGAGUAUGAUACACAUAAGAAAUUUGACUCCACUACCAGCUCUUAUUGCCAUGAUGUUAAUUACUUGUACGCUGUGUCUAUAUCAAGAUACAAGCAGUUUAAUUACUUUCACUGGCUUUUCGUAUUGGCUGUUCGUGGGUAUCGUCACUACAGGGUUGGUAUGGCUACGGUAUAAACGACCGCAUAUGGAGAGGCCGUUUAAGGUACCUAUUGUGAUCCCUAUAUUAUUUGCGCUUAUAUGUUAUACCUUGGUGACAAUCUCUAUCUUCGCUGCGCCAUUCGAAGCAUUUGUUGGGACAGUUAUCAUAUUAACGGGAAUACCAAUAUAUCUUUAUGGAGUUGUAUGGAAAAACAAGCCAAAUUGGUUGAGAAAGUUUCUUGAUAGAUCUUUAGAGUACCUACAGAUGCUGAUGUACGUGGUACCACAAGAGAAGGCUUCUUAUUGA